AUCUCUGGGGAGCUUGGCCGUAUCCCGCCAUCCGGGCCCCCGGGGUCCUGUUGCGGUGAUGCCUGUGUUUCGGAGCGAUGAUGGAAAGAGAAAAGCCACUGUCUGUGGCAACUGAGAGGCGGCGGGAGAGUUGCUGCAGUAGCUGGUUGCUGCAGGAUGAGCGAGUGAAGAACUAAGCCCCGCUAGCUUCUCCAUCCCGCUCGGUCUCCUCCGUUCAGCCUCCGGGAGGGGGGACCGGGAAGCAGAUGCGCUAACCGCGCGGGUGUGCCGCCCUGGAUCUAUAACUGUGAAGUCCCCGCUUUGGAAAAUGGUAAACAAAGACAUGAAUGGAUUCCCAGUCAAGAAAUGCUCAGCCUUCCAAUUUUUUAAGAAGCGGGUACGAAGAUGGAUCAAGAGCCCGAUGGUCAGUAUGGAUAAGCAUCAGAGCUCCGGCCUGAAGUACACUGGUCCCUCGGGGGUUCACCUCCCUCCUGGUGAGCCAGACUUUGAGCCCGCCUUGUGCCAGUCCUGCCUGAGCGAGCACCCUUUCCAGCGAGGAAUGCCUCCUCCAGAGAAGGAGCCCGGUUCCUGGGAAAUCCAGUCUGGGUGUGAAGUGAAAGAGCCAGGAAAUCACACCAACAUCCUGACCAAGGCUGACCCAAGAACCUUCUGGACUACUGACGAUGCAGCUUUCAUGAAACAGAGAAGGAUGGGUCUGAACGACUUUAUUCAGAAGAUUGCCAACAACUCCUAUGCGUGCAAACACCCUGAAGUCCAGUCGAUUUUGAAAAUCUCGCAACCUCAGGAGCCUGAGUUUAUGAAUGCCAACCCUUCUCCUCCGCCAAGUCCCUCUCAACAAAUCAACCUUGGUCCUUCAUCCAAUCCUCACGCUAAACCAUCCGACUUCCACUUCUUAAAAGUGAUUGGGAAAGGCAGUUUUGGAAAGGUUCUUCUGGCAAGACACAAGGCAGAAGAAGUGUUCUAUGCAGUCAAAGUUUUACAGAAGAAAGCGAUCCUGAAGAAGAAGGAGGAGAAGCACAUUAUGUCAGAGCGGAACGUUCUGCUGAAGAACGUGAAGCACCCUUUCCUGGUGGGUCUUCACUUCUCUUUCCAGACCGCCGACAAGCUGUACUUCGUCUUAGACUACAUUAACGGUGGAGAGCUGUUCUACCACCUGCAGAGGGAGCGCUGCUUCCUGGAACCGCGGGCCCGCUUCUAUGCGGCCGAAAUCGCCAGUGCCUUGGGUUACCUUCACUCUCUGAACAUCGUGUAUAGAGACUUAAAACCAGAGAACAUUUUGCUGGAUUCACAGGGGCACAUUGUCCUUACUGACUUCGGACUCUGCAAGGAGAACAUUGAACACAACGGCACAACGUCCACCUUCUGCGGCACCCCUGAGUAUCUCGCGCCCGAGGUACUUCACAAGCAGCCGUAUGACAGGACCGUCGACUGGUGGUGUCUGGGAGCCGUCUUGUACGAGAUGCUCUAUGGCCUGCCUCCUUUUUAUAGCCGAAACACAGCUGAGAUGUAUGACAACAUUCUGAACAAACCCCUGCAGUUGAAGCCAAACAUCACAAACUCUGCAAGACACCUCCUGGAAGGGCUCCUGCAGAAGGACAGGACAAAGAGACUGGGCGCCAAGGAUGAUUUUAUGGACAUUAAGAAUCAUGUCUUCUUCUCUGUAAUUAACUGGGAUGAUCUCAUUAAUAAGAAGAUUACUCCCCCUUUUAACCCAAAUGUGAGUGGACCCAGUGACCUGCGGCACUUCGACCCUGAGUUUACCGAAGAGCCAGUCCCCAACUCCAUCGGCCGGUCCCCGGACAGCAUCCUCAUCACAGCCAGCGUGAAGGAAGCAGCCGAGGCCUUCCUUGGCUUCUCCUACGCGCCUCCCAUGGACUCUUUUCUCUGAACAGUCUUGGGUGGCUUCGAAGGAUUCUCUGUUUUCUCAUGUUGUAGUUAGCCUUUCGGUGGAGCGGCCAGCUGACAGGACAUCUGAGAGAAUUUGCACAUCUCUGGAAGCUUGGCAGUCCUGUCGCACACUGAUGGCUGGAAGCUUUUCAAAAGAGCACAUCCUCCUGUCGGGGAGCUCUGAGGUUUUCAUUUUUCUCCUUCCUUCCAACUUGGUGCUAGCUCUGAAAUGAGCCUCAGCAUGCCGCCCCAGGCAGACGCCAUGGCCUAAGAAGGAAGACGCAGGUCUACGAGGGAACUUCCGAAGGUCUGUCUGGGCCGUGAUCACGAAUAUUCUGAAAUGUGCCUUUUCCCAUGAGAUCGUGUUAGCUCCAAAGCUUUUCCUAUCGCAGUGUUUCAGUUCUCUUUCCCUUGUAGGUUUACUGUGUGAACAGUCGUGUGAGUGCAGUAUGCCUGAUCACAGACGGCUGUCAUAAGCAUCAAUGUGACACUUGCAGGACACUACAAUGUGGGACAUUGUUUGUUUCUUCCAUAUUUGGAAGAUAAAUUAAUGUGUAGAUUGUUUUCUUUUGUAAGAUAUAGUUAAUAACUAAAGUUUAUUGAAACGGUCUUGCGAUGACUUGCAUCUAGAUGCUCACAGAAAGCAUUGCUGCUACAUAUAUUUCUAUUUUCAGAAAGGGUUUUUAUGGACCAAUGCCCCAGUUGUCGGUCAAAGCCGUUGGUUGGUGUUUUCAUUGUUUAAAAUGUCACCUGUAAAAUGGGCAUUAUUUAUGUUGUUUUUUUUUUUUUGCAUUCCUGAUAAUUGUAUGUAUUGUAAAGAGAAGUCUGUACAUUGGGUUAUAACACUAGUAUAUUUAAACUUACAGGCUUAUCUGUAAUGUAUACUACCAUGUAAUGUACUGUAAUAUUAACAUGGUUAUAAUAUGUACAUCCCUUCGCCCACCACACAACUUUUGUGUGAUAAACCAAUUUUGGUUUGCAAUAAAACCUUGAAAAAUA